GGGGUGGGGGGCUUGUGGCCCCCGAGACCACCAACCAGAGGGAAACUGUAGUUUCAGAAAUGAGCCGGAAACGUCACUUGUGUAUGAAGCCCAUGCCACCAAUCGCAAGAUAAAUUUUAUUGGCAAAGGUGUGCAAACCAAACAUUUCUUAUCGGUGUAAAAAGCGGCAAAGCUCGGAGCACUGUGUUCUCAAACAUCUUGGGCGCUGCCGUCGGGGUAGAGGCUUGGGUCACAGUGAGCACCUCCGUCCUCUGCUUCAAAGCAGAGGCUUUGAGAUGUGUGGGUGACGGCUGGGCCCUCAGACCACCUGCAGGCCUGACCCCAGGCUCGCCUCCUGUCCUGUGUUCGGGUGAGGUGCAGGUCAUGGGAGGGCCAGGACAUGCCCCACACGCACUGAGGCUGAAUCACCCAGGCUGGCAAUGUCCCUGGGAGCCCGGGCCGUGGUCACCGCCCAUCCGAAAAAGGAAGGGUGGGUGGCGGCUGUGCUGCAGGAGCUGGGGCCUCCUGGGAUCUUGAGAACCCCAUCUAUGAGCCCCGCCCAGGGCCCCACCCCUCCCCAGGAGGGAAAAGGCAGCUGCCAGUCGCUCAGCUCACGGGCACUGGGACCUGGCCCAGAGGACGAGAGGACAGCUUGCUGCCAUCACCACUUCAGGUGCUUCCACGGCCCAGCUUUCCUUGGGGCAGCAUCCGUUCCCCUCCACCGUCUGACGCUGUCUCCUCUGCCCACCCCCGCCAGGCCAGGCCACGGACCCCCACGAGAUGCUCGUCGAGAACCCGUACGCCCACGUCAGCAUCCCAAGGGCUCACCUGCGGCCUGAGCUGGGGCAGCAGCCGGAGGUGGCGCCAUCCUCUCCGGAGGCGCAGCCUCUGCCCGAGGGGUCCUGCCCCCUGGAGCCUACCGAGGAGGCCCCGGGGCCCGAGGGCGUCAAGGGGGCCGCCUCCAGCCGGGGCCCGCAGGUCUGGCAGCAGCCCCGCAACCCCUAUGGCAGUGGGCAGCGCCAGGCAGGACUGACCUACGCCGGCCUGCCGCCGGUCGGGCGCGGCGACGACAUCGCCCACCACUGCUGCUGCUGUCCCUGCUGUGCCUGCUGCCACUGUCCCCGCGUCUGCCGCUGCCACCGCUGCUGCUGCGUCGUCUCCUAGCCUGGCCCUCCCUGGGCCGCGGGGCCCCCCGCGUGGCACGCCCGGCCUCUGCUGAGGCAGCCGCAGCCGUGCCAGGCGGCCGGCACAGCCCCUGGGGCGCGGUCGUGGGCGUCGGGGGCUGCCCACCCUGGACGGCAGCACCUGCCCACCGAAAAGGCUGACAGCUCAGCCCAGGCCCCCGAGGCGGAGCCCUGGGGGCUGGCCGUGAUGGCAGCCCUGGGGACACCCUUGACCCCCUCUUCAAGGCCCAGGGCCAGGCAAUAAAACAGAACAAGGUG